CCUCUACAGACAGGAAGUGACGUUUUUUCUACCCGCAUUCUCGCGCUCCUUGUCUGUAGUAGGGCUGCAGGGAGCGAGCGUGAUAUUGUCUGUACAAGAUGGCUGACAGUGAUGAUGAGUACGAUAGGAGGCGACGUGACAAGUUCAGGAGGGAGAGAAGUGAUUACGACCGAUCACGUGAGAGGGAAGAAAGGAGAAGGGACGAUUGGAGUGACAGAGAAUGGGAUCGUGGGCGUGAGAGGCGGAGUCGUGGGGAAUACAGGGACUAUGAUCGGAGUCGAAGAGAGAGGUUUUCCCCUCCACGGCAUGAACUUAGCCCACCACAAAAACGCAUGCGGAGGGAUUGGGAUGAUCACGGGAGUGACCCCUAUCACAGUGGUUACGAAAUGCCGUACUCUGGCACAGCUGGUGGGCCAAGUUAUGGUCCCCCUCAACCGUGGGCACAUCCAGAAAUGCACAUCAUGCAGCAUCAUGGGAUUCCUAUCCAGGCCAGAUUGGGAAACCUCCACGAGGUGGACCUUGGGACUCCGGCUCCUGUGAUGAAGACCUUUAAAGAGUUUCUGCUGUCCCUUGAAGACACGGUGGAUGAGACUGAGGCAGUGCGGCGCUAUAACGAUUACAAGAUGGAGUUCAGACGCCAGCAGAUGCAGGAAUUCUUUCUUGCUCAUAAGGACGAGGAGUGGUUUCGCUCUAAAUACCAUCCUGAUGAGGUGGGACGUCAUAAGCAGGAGUGUCAGGCUGCACUCCGCAACAGAUUUGACGCAUUCAUGUACCUUAUGGAGAAUAGCUGGUUGGAUGAUAUCCAGCUAGAUAUGGACAAGGCACCUGCCAUCAUCAAGGUGCUAGAUGCAGCUGUUAUAAAAAUGGAGGGGGGUAACGAAAUUGACCUGAAGAUCUUGGAUGAGGAGGAAGAGCAGGCAAAGAGAGAGGCUGCAAAGAAGGAGGCAGCGCGACACUUAGAAGUGGAGAAAAAAGCAACCGAUGAGAAGGAAGUGCUCCCCAAGGCUGAAAAAGAGGAGAAGGAGGGAGCCGAGGAGAAACCACCAAAACCCGAAGAGGAGGAGGAAGAGCGAAAAGUAGAAAAGGAGGAGCCUGAAGGAGAAACCAGGAAGCCAAGUAAAAGGAAGCGAAAACGAAGUGGAGAUAGUGAUGAUGGCAGCGAUUCCGAAUCAGGAUCCGAGAGUGCAAGUCCCAAGCCAGAAACUCCUGCUCAAAAUGGAAAGCAGGAAGGUACCCCAAUAAAGGACGAAGAUGCUGAGAAACCUAAAGAGAAGCCAAAAGAGGACACUGUAAAACCGAGGCCGCUGCAUAAAACGUUGUCUCUCUUUAUGCGAAGCAUUGCCCCAAACAUCUCCAAGGCAGAGAUCACCUCGCUUUGCAAGAGAUAUCCCGGAUUCCUAAGGGUGGCACUUUCCGAUCCCCAGCCUGAGAGGAGGUUUCUCCGUCGGUGUUGGGUGACAUUUGAUCGAACUGUUAAUAUUAAGGAGAUCUGUUGGAACCUUCAGAAUAUUCGGCUUCGUGAGUGUGAGUUGAGUCCUGGAGUAAAUAGGGAACUCUCAUGGCGUGUUCGCAACAUUAGUGGUCUGUCUCAGCACCGACCUGUACAGCGCAAUGACAUCAAACUGGCUGCAAAGCUCAUUCAUGUCCUGGAUGAGAGGGGGCAGGUCUGGAGUGCAUCCCAGGAAGGAGGAGAGGCUGAUGGGCAGAAUCCCAUUCUAAAAAACAUCACCGAUUACCUUAUCGAUGAGGUCAACGCUGAAGAGGAAGAGCUUUUAUGGGGAACUGGAAGGACUCCUGAAUCUGAAGCCCCAAAAGAAGGAAACCCCACAGAGAUUGUUGUUGAAAGAGAUGAGAAACUUGUCAAGGUCCUGGAUAAACUCUUACUUUACCUCCGCAUCGUGCACUCUGUGGACUAUUAUAACACCUGUGAAUAUCCCAAUGAGGAUGAAAUGCCCACACGCUGUGGAAUUAUGCAUGUACGAGGGCCGGUGCCUCCCAACCGCGUGUCACAUGGAGAAGUGACUGAGUGGCAGAAGAACAUGGAGGAGAAGCUGGCAUCACUGUUUGCAAUUCGUGAGACCCUCUCUGAGGAAGAAGCAGUCAAAAUGGGCAAGAAAGACCCUGAACAGGAAGUGGAGAAGUUUGUAAUGGCAAACACGCAGGAGUUGGGCAAGGAGAAGUGGCUUUGUCCUCUGAGUGGAAAGAAAUUCAAGGGCCCUGAAUUUGUGCGCAAACACAUCUUUAACAAGCAUGCUGAAAAGAUAGAGGAAGUUAAAAAGGAGGUUGUGUUCUUCAAUAACUUCUUAAUGGAUAGCAAGAGGCCUGCACUUCCAGAGGUCAAACCUGUCCAGCCACCAGUGGCUACCACUGCUCAAGCUUUGGCGCCCAGUCUUCUUUAUCCCCAUCAGGGACAUCAAGCACUCUUACAGUAUGGCCAGCCGCGACCCCCUGUCCUGGGCUAUGGUGCAGGUCCUCAGUUUCCACCUGCUCCAUACGGUGCUGGCCGUGGUGCUUAUGAUGCUUUCAGAGGUCAGGCAGGUGUGUACCCAGGAAAGCCACGCAACAGGAUGAUCCGAGGCGAUCCCCGCUCCAUUAUUGAAUACCGAGACCUUGAUGCCCCCGAUGAUGUAGAUUUCUUUUAACUGCAAGUCUUUAUUUUAGCUGUUUAUGGUCGUUACAUGUCCCUCCCCAUCCCACCUAAUGUUAUACCCAGACCCUAUCCCAUUCUCUGGUUACUUUUAUAUUUUUUCAGGAUGCCUGAGAUUUGUGAUUUUUUUUUUUUUUUCUUUUUCAAUAAACAGAUUCCCAGAG